ACAGGCUAACACUCUAAACCAACUCAAGGUAUAUACAGUUGUUGUUUUUAGAAAGGGUAAAGUAUCUGAUGCUUUUCUCAAGCUUGUGGGAGUAGUGUUCACAUAAACACGAACAAAUAAUUCACCUUCAUAUCAUUUUUCAGGAUAUGUUGUGAAAUGCAUAAGCCUUUGUUCUUUUAUUUAUUUCAGGAACAGGAUGGAUCCAUCCCAUUGGUUCAUAUUCAUCAUGUAUGUUAUCACUUUUACAUUCAAGAAAAUUACUGCAUGCUAUGACGGGUGCAGCUGCCUCACAGAUAUAAAAUAUAUCAACUGUUCGGGUGGGAAUCUUACCACUCCUCUUAGGAAUGUCCCCCACAACACAGAGUACCUGGACCUGUCCAGAAACCUGUUGACAGUGGUCCAAGCAGGUUCAUUUGGGACCCUGUGGAGCCUGAGGGUGCUCCUUUUAAAAGAGAACAACCUCAGCCAUGUAGAUGACGGAGGUUUCUCCUCCCUCCAGGGGCUGAGGAGGCUGGACCUGAGCCGUAACCACCUUUCUGCCCUGGGGCCUGGCUUCUCCCUGGGCCUUGAAUCCCUAACCGAGCUCCUGCUGGAUCACAACCAUCUCACCGUCCUGGAGAGUGGGACCUUCCACAGCCUGGAUAGCCUCCAGAAGCUGGACCUGAGCAGCAACCUAAUCUCCACAGUUAAGCCCAGAGCCCUGGGUUACCUGACUGGCCUGCGCCAGCUCCACCUGGAGGGGAACCAUCUAACCUCCCUGGGUUCAGGCCUCUUCUCCACACUGCGCUCCCUGGAGGUGCUGGGCCUUCGGGGGAACUUGAUCAGCUCCACUGAGCCAGGAGUCUUCGCCCCUAUGUCUUCCCUAACUCUGCUGGACCUGGCCCUCAACCGUCUAAGCACCUUGGGCUACAGGACCCUGUUGAGCAUCCACACGCCCAGCCUCCAUGUCCUGUUGGAGGGCAACCCCUGGCACUGUGAUUGCGACCUGCAGAGGGUGUUCAGGAAGUUGUCCAGCAUCCACAGGGUCUUCCUGGAUGACUACCAGGAGCUGAGGUGCAGCCAGCCUACCGAGCUACAGGGCAGGUCUAUGGGAGAAGUGGAUGAUGAGCUGUGUGUCGGAGAGACUGUGACAGUGCUCAUUCUGACGGUCACCGUGGUGAUCACCGUGGUAGCUGCCAUUAUCAUGGCGGAGAAGAACAAGAAGAAUAGCGUGGCUAAGAACUGGGAGGAGAGCGUGGGGUUGGACACCUACUGUGACAAUUACAAUUAAGGCUGUCACCUCCUCAUGAUACAAUAAUGAAAACUCACUGUGCCUCAGUUCCCAAUGUGGUUAGAUCUGAUCUGAUUAACAACAUGGAAUGCAAGCAGAUUUUCUUUAGAUAACUAUAACUAUUCUCAAAGAGAUUCACCCUCUUAGCUUGUAGAAUAGGAAAUCUCGUAUUGAUUCCCUAUAUAAGGCAGUGAAAGACUUGCUUGACAAGUUACUAUUUUGCUGUGACAGUUGACAUGGCCACCGUUAGGGGCAGGAUAACUAACCCACCAAAUGCCAUAAGACUGUUCUUUAGUAAUGCAAUCAUUACAGUACAAUAAGGGAAGAUGAGAGUUUAAAAGUUAUUGACAAAUUCCAAUCAUGCAUAAUCAUUUCCUACACCUCAAAAUGACAAUGUUGAAUAUAUCCUUUACAGUGCCUACAAAAACUAUUAAUACCCAUAGAAUGAUUCCACAUUUUGUUGUGUUGCAGCCUGACUACAAAAUGGUUUAAAUAGAGUUUUUCUCUCACCCAUCUCCAAACAAUACCCCAUAAUGACAAAGUGAAAACAUGUUUUUAGAAGUGUUUGCAAAUUUAUUGAAAAUGAAAAAUAGAAAUAUCAAAUUAAAGGAAAAUCCAAAUUUUUGUCCAUUAAAAUAACAUAAAAUUGAUCAGAAAUACAGUGUAGACAUUGUUAAUGAUGUAAAUAACUGUUGUAGCUGGAAAACGGCUGUUUUUUAAUGGAAUAUCUACAUAGGCGUACAGAGGCCCAUUAUCAGCAACCAUCACUCCUGUGUUCCAAUGGCACGUUGUGUUAGCUAAUCCAAGUGAAUCAUUUUAAAAGGCUAAUUGAUCAUUAGAAAACCCUUUUGCAGUUAUGUUAGCACAGCUGAGUACUGUUGUUCUGAUUAAAGAAACAAUAAAACUGUCCGUCUUCAGUCGAGUUGAGUAUCUGGAGCAUCAGCAUUUGUGGGUUUGAUUAAAGGCUCAAAAUGGUCAGAAACAAAGAACUUUCUUCUGAAACUCGUCAGUCUAUUCUUGUUGUUUGAAAUGAAGGCUAUUCCAUGUGAGAAAUUGCCAAGAACUGUACUACUCCCUUCACAGAACAGCCACAAACUGGCGCUAACCAGAACAGUAAAAGGAGUGGGAGGCCCCGGUGCACAACUGAGAAAGAGGACAAGUACAUUAGAGUGUCUAGUUUGAGAAACAGAUGCCUCAUAAGUCCUCAACUGUACUUGUCCUCUUGCUCAGUUUAAAACAUUAACAAUGUCUUGUGGCGUACAGCAGGUCAGCCACCAGGGGGAGACUCGUCGAGGCGAUGGGUCCCUCUGCUGGACGUGCCAGGUCUCGACGGGCUCUCCUGCCAGGACUAAUUGGGGCUGAUUGUGGUUUGUGGGUAAUCAAGGACUGAUUGCUCACCAGCUGUAUGAGUCCCAUAAAGCUGCCAGAAGGGCAGCACACAAGGAGAGGGAUUGGGGGAAGAAAGGUGACUUCUGUAUAGUUUGAGACGGUGCCUGAGCUAAAAGGAGGGAGUUCAGUUUUUGUGGCCGACAGGAUACAGCAAGACUCGGACCCCAGAAGACGGUAUCCUGGAUACGGUCUCAUGUGGGAGACCUAUCCUUUUGAUUUAUUUUUUAAAUAAACACCCUUGAAACCGAGCUAAUCCUACUCCGUCCGUGUCUGAUCUGUGUAAACGUCUUGAACAAACCCCCUGGUCUGCCACAUUCUACAGUGUAUUUCUGAUUCAUCUGAUGUUAUUUUAAUGGACUUUUUUUAAUCAAUUCUAUCAAAAACAAGGACAUUUCUAAGUGACUCCAAACUUUUGAACAGUAGUGUAAGUAUUCACACCCCUGAGUCAAUACUUUUUAGAUCAACAUUUGACAAUGAUUACAGCUGUGAGUCUUGCUGGGUAUGUCUGGAUUGUGCCCCAUUUGCGCAUUAAUAAAAUGAUUCAAGCUUUGUCAAAUUGGUUGUUGAUCAUUGCUAAACAACUAUUUUCAGGUCUUGCCAUAGAUUUUCAAGUAGAUUUAAGUCAAAACUGUAACUUGGCCACUCAGGAACAUUCACUGUCAACUUGGUAAGCAACAGCAGUGUAGGUUUUAACUUGUGUUUUAUGUUAUUGACAUGCUGAAAGGUGAAUUAA